AUGGGGCAAGGUGUUAUAGCUAUUUAUUUGUUAGAAUAUAACCUGACACUUAUUUCUAAUGAGAUUGAGUUAAUGAAACUAAACAUGUCAUCAACCACACCAGAUAUCUCUUCUAUACCAGUUCAGCCGACAAUAAAUUCUUUUACUAGUCGAAUUGUGUCAGAUGAUGGUAAUGAUUCAAUGAAUGAAGCUUUAGAUGCCACUAAUGGUAACACAGAUAAAACACCAAUCAUUGAUGCCAAUGAUAGAGAAUGUGAUAAUGCUGACCUUGAAGAGUGUGAAGAAAGUAAUGAGAAAAAGAGGCAAAAGACAUCUGCUGUUUGGUUAGAAUUCAAAGAAGUCACUCUUUCUGAUGGUUCCAAAAAAGGAGAGUGUGUCCAUUGCAAGAAGAAGCUAGCAAUAAAUACAAGUAAAAGUACAACUCAAUUUAAGAGGCAUUUGACAACUUGUGUUAAGAGAAAAAUUUUUCAGAAUCAACAACAAAUGAUCAACUUUCAGCCAGUAAACACAUGUGGUGAUGUACAGAUAUUACCUGCUCUCACAGAUGGCAAGUUUGAUAUGGUAAAGAUGAGAGAAGCAGCUGCACAUUGGAUACUUAUGCACGAGCAUCCUUUUUCGAUUAUAGAAGAGGAAGGUUUUAACAUGAUGCAAAAACGUGGGAUGCCUGAAUGGGAAAAGGUAUCACGCAAUACUAUUAAAAAAGAUUGCAUGCAAGUUUAUGAAGCAGAAAAGAAGAAAUUAAAGGCAUUGUUGAAGACUGUCAGCAAGAUUAGUUUGACAACAGAUUUAUGGAAAUCAAGUAAUCAAAAGAUUGAGUACAUGGUUCUUACAGCACACUUUGUAGAUUCUAAUUGGAGAUUGCAAAAGCGUGUUAUUAGUUUUGUUCACAUACCUCCUCCUCGUCGCGGUGUUGAGAUUGCUGAUUGUAUUUUUAAGUGUCUAAAGGAAUGGGGAAUUGAAAACAAGGUGUUUACACUUUCUGUGGACAAUGCUUCAAGCAAUGAUGUGGCGAUUAGAAUUCUUAAAGACACUUUUUCAAGAAAUAGGAUGUUGCUUUGUGGAGGAAAAUUAUUUCAUGUUCGGUGUUGUGCACAUAUCUUAAAUCUCAUGGUUCAAGAUGGCCUUUCUGAGAUUAAGAAUGUGAUUGGUGAUGUUCAUGAAAGUGUCAGUUUUAUUAAUCAAAAUGAGGCAAGACUUAACUCAUUUUCUGAUAUAGUACAGCAGUUACAGUUACCUGAUAGGAAACUCAUUCUCGAUUGUAAAACACGUUGGAAUUCGACAUUCGAGAUGUUGUCGAUUGCAAUCAAAUUCAAAGAAGUGUUUUCGAGACUCAAAGAGCGAGAAUCUCAUUAUGAAUGUUGUCCAAGUCAUGAAGAUUGGGAAAAGGUGGAGAAAGUUUGUGAGAUUUUAGAAGUUUUUAAUUCAGCCACUAAAAUCAUCUCUGGAAGUGAUUAUCCAACUUCAAACCUGUUUCUGAAUGAAGUUUAUCGUGUGAAAGUGUUGUUGGAUAAAAGGAUGAAUGAUGAAAAUGAAUUUGUUCAAGCAAUGGUUCGUAAGAUGAAGAGUAAAUUUGAUAAAUAUUGGGGAGAAUGUAAUUUGUUGAUGUCUAUAGCAGCAAUCUUGGAUCCAAGGUGCAAAAUGAGGGUGAUUGAGUUUUGCUUUCCUCGAAUGUACCCUGAUAGAGAAGCAAAAGAAAAUAUUGCUAAAGUUCGAGAUGCCCUUUAUGAGAUUUAUGAUGAAUAUGCUCGUGAGUAUCAAUUUGGCAAUGAGCAUAGUGCUGAAACUCAAGUACAUGAUAAUGGUAUUAGUGGUAUGAAUAUAGAAGCUUCUUCUUCUGGUUGGUUUGAAUUUGCAAAUUAUGUAAAAUCAGUUGAAACUGCUCAACCACAACAGUCUGAUUUAGAUGUCUACCUAGCUGAGGGCUGUUUUAUCUGUGAAGGAGAUUCCACUAAGUUUCAUGCUUUGGAAUGGUGGAAAGCGAGCACUUUGAAGUAUCGUAUUUUAUCCAAGAUGGCUCGGGAUAUACUUGCUAUUCCUAUCACUACAGUGGCUUCAGAAGCUACCUUUAGUGCAGGAGGUAGAGUUAUUGAUACUUAUCGUGCUUCUUUAUCUCCUGACACAGUGCAAGCAUUACUUUGUGGAGGAGAUUGGUGUCGGAAUCUUCAUGGAGUGAAGAAGAAGAACAAAAGAAGAAAUCAAUUGAGAUUGCACUCAAAAUUCCCUAAAGUGAGGAUAUCUAAUGUCUUCUAUACAGUCUUGGCAGCGUUGAAACUUCCGACAAGGAAAGGACGAACACAUGUAGCGGAAAUCGUUCCUUCGUCAAUGGCUCAAUGCCGAAUUUACGGUCUUAAGCAUCUUUCCAAUUCGGUCGUAUCAGUUUUCCUCAGGAUUCAGUCUUUCUUAGCAAUUGCUCCGCAUCGUUUUAGAUGUUACUUCUUCUAA